AUGGCUUCUUACAACUUUAAAAAAAUUACAGUUGUACCGACGGCAUCGGACUUGAAAGACAUAGUGUUGUCGAAAACUCAGAGGAAAACUCCAACUGUUGUACAUCGACAUUUUGCAAUUGGGCGGAUUAGGUCGUUUUAUGCUCGGAAAAUAAAGUUUUUACAACAGACUCUUCAUGACAAACUGUCUCAAAUUAUUGAUGAGUUUCCAAAAAUGGAGGACAUACAUCCGUUUUACGCAGACCUUAUGAAUAUUUUAUAUGAUAAAGAUCACUACAAGAUUGCUUUAGGGCAAAUGAACAUGAUACGGCAUUUGAUUGAUGGCGUUGCGCGGGAAUAUGUAAGACUUAUGAAAUAUGGUGACUCUUUGUAUCGAUGUAAGAUGCUCAAGAGGGCUGCUCUAGGACGAAUGGUAAAACUUCUUAAACGGCAAAAAUCCAGUUUUGAAUAUCUUGAACAAGUCCGACAACAUUUGUCUCGUUUGCCAAGUAUAGAUCCUAACACAAGGACAUUAAUACUUUGCGGGUUUCCUAACGUGGGGAAGUCUUCGUUGAUGAAUAAACUCACUCGGGCAGACGUUGAAGUUCAACCGUAUGCCUUUACCACUAAGGCCUUAUAUGUUGGUCACUUAGAUUACAAGUAUCUUAGAUGGCAGGUAAUUGAUACCCCUGGUAUCCUUGAUUCUCCACUGGAGGAGAGAAACACUAUAGAAAUGCAAGCUGUAACAGCAUUGGCUCAUCUGCGAGCUGCAAUUCUUUUCAUUAUGGACAUUAGUGAAAUGUGUGAUCAUACUGUGGAAGAACAGAUUUCUUUAUUCCAAAAUAUAAAGCCUCUAUUUGCUAACAAACCAAUUCUAAUUGGCCUAAAUAAAACUGAUGUCUGUAAAAGGUCUGAACUAGCUGCUGAGAAAGCGGCUUUGAUUGCAAAGUUGGAAGAAGAGUCUCUCUCUGUCUUUGAAAUGAGUACCAUUACUCAGGAAGGGAUUAUGGAGUUCCGGAACAAGGCUUGUGAUGAGCUGCUCACUCAGAGGGUAGAAAGCAAAUUAUUGUCAAAGAAGCUCAGUGCAGAGAAUGCUGGCGUGCUGAAUAGGAUAUUUGUUGCUGUUCCUCAACCGCGCGACGAUAAGGUAAAUAUUAGUGUAGGGAUGAUUAGUGAUGGUUUGAUACGAGAAGACGCGGGUAUGCGUAGGUUGGAAAGAGAUAUUGAGUUGGAAAUGCAGGACGAAUACGUGCUUGACUUAAAAAAACACUAUUUGUUAAAAAAUGAGGACGAGAAGUAUGAUAUAGUGCCAGAAAUAUGGAAUGGUCAUAAUAUAGCAGAUUUUAUUAAUGCAAAUGUGAAGGAGAACUUGGCUGAACUGGAGGAGGAAGAGAAACAAAGAAUUGAAGCAGGGUAUUAUGAUGAGGACCUUGAUUCAGACGAUGAAGAAACACGGCAGUUACUUGAAGAUGCAAAACGGAUAUCGGAGAAAGAGGAAAUGAUUGUACGGAAACCUCGCUUAACCCGAUCGGUUGGUCGGAAACGUGAGCGGACCAUGGAACGAUUAGAAAAUGAACUUAGUGAGCUAGGUGUCAAUAUAGAGGCCAAGAGGAUGCGAAACUUAAUGAUAGAGCAGGAGAGGGUUCCAACGGUUAAGAAAAUCCGUGUGGGAAAAAGUGCAUCGCUGUCAGCGCCUGAAAUACCCAGUCGGGAUGUUCAAGGCAUACCAAACAUUAAGGUGUUACGUAAAGCUCAACGACCUGCCCAGAGACAAGCUAGAAAAGGAGAAAGUGAUAGAAGUAUUGUCAUCAAGAAACCCAAACACUUAUUUAGUGGUAAACGUGGUAUUGGCAAGACAGAUCGGCGUUAA